UGUCUCCGCAACGUUUAAAUUUUUGAAGGUUAGAUGGUAAUUUUCCCCCCAGCGUCGCGGGCUUCGGCGUUUGCACAAAUUAGACGAUGCCAGCGUUCACCACAAAACAGAUUGCCAAGCACAAUCACUCUAACUCCACAUGGAUCAUAGUGGAUGACAAAGUUUACGACGUAACGCAGUUUCUUCAAGAUCAUCCCGGUGGAGAUGAUCUGAUUUUGGAGCAUGCCGGAACCGACGUGACCGAGAUCAUGAAGGACCAGUUGGAGCACGAACACUCUGAUGCUGCUUACGAUCUCUUGAAUGAACACUACAUUGGCACAGUCGAUCGAUCACCGACUGUACCAGAUGACGACGAAGCAGAAUAUUAUGUUCCAACCAACCCGUCCGUCGAUCAUAAAAACAACGGGUUUUUGGACCUUCGAAAGCCUAUGUUCCCUCAACUGUGGCGAUCCAAGUUUUCAAAGCAGUUGUAUUUGGAACAGGUACAUAAACCUCGCUAUCUUCCCGAACCUGCGCCCUAUUUUGGCGAGAAUCAUAUUUUGGAACCUCUUACCAGAACCCCUUGGUUCAUGGUUCCAAUUGUAUGGAUCCCGUUUGUCCUUUAUCAGCUGUACAAUUCAUCCCUGCACGGUGCCAUGGCAUCAACGGUGCAAGGAUUUUCAACCGGAGUGUUUGUAUGGACGCUUCUGGAGUACACACUGCAUCGAUUCUUGUUCCAUAUGGAUGAAAAUUUACCAGAUCACUGGCUGGCAUUCUUAUUUCAUUUCACUCUGCACGGCAUUCACCAUUAUUUGCCUAUGGACAAGUACCGGUUAGUCUUUCCUCCCGUCUUGACAGUCAUAGUAGGCACACCAAUCGUUCUCUUUGCCCACUCAGCCUUCUCACUCUGCUUUGCACAUGCUUUUUUGGCUGGCGCAUGGGCGGCGUACAUUUGCUAUGAUUGCACCCACUACUUCCUUCACCAUGCGUCUAUCCAUGCUCCUGAGCAUCUCAAGGAGAUGAAGAAAUACCAUCUGGCUCACCACUACAAGAACUAUGAUAGUGGUUAUGGUAUCACCUCCAAAAUUUGGGAUUAUGCGUUCUCCACUGUCCUUCAAUAUUGAGAUAUCAAGUAUCUUUUUACAGUGUAAUAACGUUUGCCUUUCGGGAUAUCUAUUGUCUUUUUUAACCCACUGAUCUUUGUCUAUCGUCUAUCUAUCUACUGUAUUAAUUCUCCCCACUGUUACCAAGUAUAUAUAAAAAGGGAUUCAUGAUCUUCGUUUGUUCGAGGAAUGAUUAUUCGGUUUUGAUGGCUAACUAUACGUCUACAUUCGAUGGAAUUUGGUCAGGCAGCGAAUGGUAUAAGUGAUGAACAAAAGAAUGGCGG